AUGCCUUGCUUGGACAAGGUAACCGAGGAUGCUUUUUUUGAGAUGUUGGGAAAACCUGAAACAGGUCAGGUCCAAAGGCGCGAUGGGAAAGAACAUGAACUCGGCGUGCCGGAAUAUAUCGUAAAGCCUACCUCAUAUCGAAGCCGCCUUUGGAACUCGGCUCAGUCGAUCAAAAUAAUUGACUUCGGGGAAUCAUUCUUAUGUCCUGCCGUUCCUCAAACGCUCCACACACCUUUGUCUGUUCGAGCACCCGAAGUUAUAUUCCAGGAUAAAAUUGAUCAUCGUGUUGACUUGUGGAGUAUGGGCUGCAUGCUAUUUGAACUUUUCACUGGCCAGCCACCUUUUGACACCUUCUUAAUAACACCCGCAAUUCUCAUCGGUCAAAUGCACGAGAUGGCAAGUGACGAUCUACCUAAACGAUGGCAAAAGAUAUGGGAUACGAUGGAUAAAGGGGACGACGUGACCGCGGAAAGCCCCGGGCCCAACUUGCAAGAAUGGCUGGAAGAAGUGUAUUUUGACGGACGCCAGAGCCCCGAUCUCACAAGAGAGGAUAUAGAGAGGCUUGGAAAACUCAUUGGAAGGCUGCUGUGUUUUGAACCGUUGGCAAGAGCAUCAGCGAGACAGGUCCUGGAUGACCCUUGGUUCAAUGAGUAG